AUGGCUGAGCCCGUGGACAUGAUGGUCAUGGCCUGCAAAGACCCGUCUUGCGACUUCAAGCCCAUGAAGAUGAAGAGGCGUCCUCUCGGAGACGAGGAUGUGCUGAUCGACAUGGUCUACUGUGGGGUUUGUCACACGGACUUGCACAUCGCAGCGAACCAUGUUGGAGGUCUGCAGCCGACUGUGUACCCAUGCGUUCCAGGCCAUGAACUAGUAGGUGUGUGCACUAGAGUUGGAUCCAAGGUGACCAAGGUCAAGGUUGGUGACCAUGUGGGCGUCGGCUGCAUGGUGGACUCUUGCAUGAAGUGCACGGGGUGCAAGAAGGGCAAUGAGAACCUGUGCCGCAAGCAGAACACAGCCACAUAUCAGGGGAAGGACCUGCACGGCCGAGCUGCGACGUAUCCAACCGGUGGAGUAACCAUGGGAGGUUAUUGCACCAAGAUGGUGGUGCACGAGCACUUUGCAAUCCUCAUUCCCAAGAACUAUCCAUUGGCAAGUGCUGGUCCGGUGAUGUGUGCAGGUGUCACCAUGUAUGAACCCUUGCGUUAUUGGAAGGCUGGUCCGUCCAGCAAGGUGGCAGUUGUCGGCUUGGGAGGUUUGGGCAUGACUGGAAUCAAAGUCGCCAAGGCCAUGGGCUGCCAGGUCACGGCCAUUUCUCGUGGCGAGAAGAAGAAAGCUUUGGCGGAGAAGAGUGGUGCAGAUGGAUUCAUCUCAUCCAUGUCUCCGGAGCAAAUGCAAGCGGCAUGCCAAUCUUUCGAUUUGGUGCUGGACACCAUACCAACCGAACAUGACUACACGCAAUAUCAGAAGCUUGCUGCCGUUGACGGAAAGUGCGUCUUGAUCGGUAUCUCCAACGCCUUCGGUGGCGCUAUAAUCGUAGAUGCCAUCACCGGCGGCAGAUCCACAAUGUCAGCCUCGAUGAUCGGCGGCGUCCAGUCCACGCAGGAAAUCAUCGACCUUUGCGCUAAGCAUAACAUUGUCUUGGAUCACAAGAUUUGUCCAGUUUGGGAGCUGGGCAAGAUCUUCGAAGAGUUGGACUCAAGCAAUGAUCAGGGCCUGCGGUAUGUCCUGGACCUUCAGUGGAUUGCUUGUCCGUGUGCGGCCUGUACCGGUACCAAUGAUGCAGAGUUCCUAGAUGGCUUUUGGGUCUUGGGUCGGUUCGGAUGUUGGAAUCUGGGAGACACACAGACGGACUUGGAGUGA